UUCUUCAGGCACAUCUUGGAGCUAUGAGCCGCCGCCUUGUCCCCGUUGGCAGACGCAUCUUGGAGCAGAACAUCAAGGCUCGGUACCACGCCGGAGACAUUGGCACCAAGGACGCACUCCACCGGUUUGACGAAUUGCUCCAGGAUGCUGGGUCCUCCUCGAUCCGUGCCGUCAACUAUCUCCUUACUGUUGUCGGACGUGAUUGCCCUGCGCUCGGCGUCUCCCUCUUCAACCGCGUCGCAAGGGCCAAGGUGGCACCCAACAGUAUCACGUACACCAUCCUCGUCGACUGCUGCUGCCGUGCUGGCCGCUUGGACCUCGGUUUCGCUGCCAUGGGCCACAUCAUUAAGAUGGGAUUUACAGCAGACGCGAUCUUCUCUUUCAGCCACCUACUAAAGUCCAUAUGUGCGGAGAAGAAGACCAGCUAUGCAAUGGACAUCGUACUCCGAGUAAUGCCUGAGCUUAACUGCACACCGAACAUUUUCUCCUAUAGCAUUCUUUUCAAGGGUCUCUGCAACGAGAAGAGAAGCCAAGAGGCUCUUGAGCUGAUUCACAUCAUGGUUGAGGAUGGAGGUUGCUGCCGACCUGAUGUGGUGUCCAAUAGCACCGUAAUUGAUGGCCUAUUGAAAGAGGGUGAGGUGGACAAGGCUUACGGCCUAUUCUGUGAAAUGCUACAGAGGGGAAUUUCGCCGGAUGAUGUGACCUAUAACUCAAUCAUCUCUGGCAUGUGCAAGGUUCAUGCGAUGGACAAGGCUGAGGAGGUUCUUCAACAGAUGUUUGAUAGAGGAAUUCUGCCAGAUGUUGCCACAUAUAAUAGUCUAAUACAUGGAUAUUAUUCAUUAGGAAGGUGCAAAGAGGUUGAUCGGAUUUUCAAGGAAAUGUCUAGAAAUGGUGUUCAACCAGAUAUUGUAACUUACAAUAUACAGAUGGAUUAUCUUUGCAAGAAUGGAAGAUGCGCAGAAGCUAGGAAGAUUUUUGAUUCCAUAGUCAGUUUGGGCCAAAAACCGACUGUUACUACCUAUAGCAUUUUGCUUCAUGGGUAUGCUCUGGAACGAUCUUUUCAUGAGAUGCAUUGUCUCAUUGAUUUGAUGGUGGGAAAUGGUAUUGCGCCAAAUCAUUUUGUCUACAACAUACUCAUAUCUGCAUAUGCUAAAGAAGAAAUGAUUGGUGAGGUAAUGCAUAUAUUUAAAAAAAUGCGGCAGCAUGGAUUGAACCCUGAUGUAGCGAACUAUGGAGCGGUAGUAAACUUACUUUCCAAGAUUGGCCGAAUGGAUGAUGCUAUGUCCCAAUUCAAUCAAAUGAUAACUGAAGGGUUAGCUCCUGAUAUCAUAAUUUUCACCCCCCUUAUUAGUGGUUUCUGUUCUUGUGGCAAAUGGGAGAAGGUUCAUGAACUAUUUUCUGAGAUGUUGGAUCGCGGCAUCUGUCCCAACACACUGUUCUUCAACACAAUUAUGGACCGCCUUUGCAAAAAUGGAAGGGUUAUGGAAGCCCAAGAUCUCUUCGACCUGAUGGUACACAUGGGUGUGAAGCCUGAUGUGUGUACUUAUAACAAACUGACAGGUGGAUACUUGUUCAUUGGUAAGAUGGAUGAAGUGAGCAAGCUACUUGACAAUAUGGUCUCAAUUGGCAUGGAACCAGAUGUUAUCACCUAUAACAUACUGAUUGAUGGUUACUCUAAGAAUGGAAAGAUAAAUGAUGCAUUGGUUUUUUUUAGGGAAAUGUUGGAAGGGAAGGUUAAGCCUUCUGUUAUCAUUUUUAAUAUUAUGAUUGGUGUGUUGCUUAAAUGUGGCAGGAAGGAAGAAGCCAAAGAUUUGUUUGAUGGUAUCUGGGCCAAAGGAUUAGUGCCUGAUGUUGUUACAUAUAGCUUAAUGAUACAAAAGCUUAUAGAAGAAGGUUCUCUACAAGAGUCUGAUGAUCUAUUCCUUUCUAUGGAGAAGAAUGGAUGUGCUGCCGACUCCCGUAUGCUAAAUGCUAUAGUUAGAAGCUUACUUCAGAAAGGGGAGGUGCCCAGGGCUGGGACUUAUCUGUCUAAAAUUGAUGAGAGGAGGUUCACCCUUGAAGCUUCCACUGCUAGCUUGUUGACUGCACUUGUGUCAGGGGGGAAAGGCCAGGAAUAUAAAGAGUUGCUCCCGGAAAAAUACCACUCGUUUCUGGAACAGGGCACUGAUUGAAACCUUUUCUAGAGAUUUUGCCCAGAUGCUCUGGAGUGCUAAUCGAGGGCUGAACUUCUCUUUGUAGGUUACUUCUUCCAACCUUUUCUUUUUUUAGUACGUCUGAAAUGUAAUAAUCGUUGGAGAAACUGUAGCAAACUUUCUGACUGUCAACCUUUUCUAGAGAUUUUUUAGUACUUCUUCCUACAAGCUAGUAGUAAACUUUCUGACUGUCACCAUUUUGUUGAUCCACUAUAUGUGUUUCAUACAUAUGGAUGGCUACUACUUCAAGGGAGUUGCACAUUUGGCAUCAGCUAAGCUGCAAUUUUUAAUUAGUUUUGUCAGUCCUGGAUUUGUCCUAAUAAGUUAUCCUUGGCACCUUUUGCCUUACUUUUCUGA